UUCCGCAACGUCCUACGCGGUUCCGUUUUUAGCUCCCCGUAGCAAACGCCAUCCGCUCGGGAGGCAGUUCCCGCACCGGUUAACGGUUUGCUCGGAAAGUUGCCGUUAAAAAGGAGCCAUAGUUCAGCCGUUUUCAUAGUAAAUUAUCAUGGAGACUUCGGGAAACUCACACAAGAAGCAGAAACGGACUAACGCCUGUGAGAAUUGGGGAAUGCAGCGGGCGACUAAUGUGACGUACCAGGCCCACCAUGUGAGCCGGAACAAGCGUGGUCAGGUGGUCGGGACGAGAGGCGGAUUCCGUGGAUGCACGGUUUGGCUGACGGGCUUGUCGGGGGCGGGGAAAACCACUGUUAGCAUGGCUAUGGAGGAGUACUUGGUGUGUCACGGUAUCCCCUGCUACACCCUGGACGGGGACAACAUCCGACAAGGUCUCAACAAGAACCUGGGCUUCAGCCCAGAGGAUCGCGAGGAGAACAUCCGGCGCAUCGCUGAAGUGGCGCGCCUGUUCGCCGAUGCCGGGCUCGUUUGCAUCGCCAGCUUCAUCUCCCCCUACAGCCGGGACCGUUUGAAUGCCAGGAAGAUCCACGAAGCAGCCGGCCUGCCUUUUUUCGAGGUGUUCGUGGACGCGCCGCUGCACGUGUGUGAGCAGAGAGACGUGAAAGGACUCUACAAACGAGCCAGAGCUGGUGAAAUCAGAGGUUUCACUGGGAUCGACUCUGAGUACGAGAAGCCUGAGGCUCCGGAGCUGGUUUUGAAGACGGACUCCUGUAGCGUGAACGAGUGCAUACAGCAGCUCAUAGAUCUCCUGCAAGAGAGGGACAUUGUGCCAGUGGAUGCAUCAUAUGAAGUGAAAGAGCUGUACGUUCCGGAGAACAAGCUGGACCUGGCCAAGGCGGAUGCAGAAACGCUGCCAGCAGUGGAAAUCAGCAAGGUUGACAUGCAGUGGGUGCAGGUUCUGGCCGAAGGCUGGGCUACGCCCCUCAACGGCUUCAUGAGGGAGAGGGAGUACCUGCAGUCUCUCCACUUCGAUUGCCUAUUGGAUGGUGGCGUGAUCAACCUGUCAGUGCCCAUAGUGCUCCCCGUGUCUGGCGAGGACAAGGAACGGCUGGAUGGCUGCACAGCCUUUGCCCUUGUGUACGGCAGCCACAGGGUGGCCAUCCUCCGCAACCCCGAGUUCUACGAGCACCGCAAGGAGGAGCGCUGUGCACGUCAAUGGGGCACCACCUGCAAGGAGCACCCCUACAUCAAGAUAGUGAUGGAGAGUGGGGAUUGGCUGGCAGGAGGGGACCUCCAGGUGUUGGACCGGAUCUACUGGAACGAUGGUCUGGACCAGUAUCGGCUCACACCUGCGGAACUGAAGCAGAAGUUUAAGGAGAUGAACGCAGAUGCCGUUUUUGCCUUUCAGCUGCGCAACCCAGUGCACAAUGGACACGCCCUGCUGAUGCAGGACACCCACCGGCGCCUGGUGGAGCGUGGCUAUCGGCGCCCUGUGCUGCUGCUGCACCCGCUGGGUGGCUGGACCAAGGAUGACGAUGUGCCGCUGCCCUGGCGCAUGCGGCAGCACGCUGCUGUGCUGGAAGAGGGAGUGCUCCCGCCUCACUCCACCGUGGUGGCCAUCUUCCCCUCGCCCAUGAUGUAUGCUGGACCCACAGAGGUCCAGUGGCAUUGUCGUGCUCGGAUGGUAGCUGGUGCCAACUUCUAUAUUGUGGGCCGCGACCCUGCUGGCAUGCCCCACCCGGACACGGGCAAGGACCUAUAUGAUCCCACUCACGGUGCCAAGGUUCUGACCAUGGCUCCAGGCCUCAUUAGCCUGGAGAUUGUGCCCUUCAAGGUUGCUGCCUACAACAAGGCAAAGCGGGCCAUGGACUUCUACAACCCAGAGAAUCACGAGGACUUUGACUUCAUCUCAGGGACUCGGAUGCGCCGGAUGGCCCGUGAAGGACAGGACCCCCCCGAGGGCUUCAUGGCCCCCAAAGCCUGGGCUGUGCUCAAGGAGUACUACAAGAGCCUGGAAAAAGCUUAAGGAGCCACUGUUGAGCAGUGGACAGGCGCAGUAGGGGACCACUGGAACCCGGGGCCACCCAUCACAGCCUGUGUGGGAAGAACUCUCGUUGGUACUGUCACUGUUUCCUAGUCUUACAGCACCAAAGGGUGGUGUUUUUUAAUGGGUUUUACUGAACAAAUCAUACAAUUUAACAGCCUGUUUUAAUGUGUUUAAAAAAAAAAAAAAAAGGCUUAAAAUGGAAUGAUUGAUUUAGAGGGGAAGCAAAAUCAUCUGAAAUAUCUGAUUGCUUCUUGACUUCUGAAACCUUUGACACCAGUGACCUCCCUGAGGUCAAGUGACACCGUGAUCCUUGAUCGUUUCAGAACGAAAGCCAUCGGUGUUUAACUUCAGAGCAGCAGGUGGCGUAGCGGUUAGCUCUCACUUUCCAGUUGAUACGGUACAGCUCCUACUGUAGUACCCAUGAGCAUGGUACUUCCCCUAAAUUGAUAGUUAACAGCUCUGUGUACAAAGUUAACAUGAGCCACCUUGGAGAAAAGUGUCAGCUAGUAUAAUGGCUAAUAAUAGUUAUUAUUAAUAAUAACUUAUUGUAUUGUGGUACUUGGACAAUUACAGCUGUCAGUUGUACUAUUACAGCCUCCCUGAAUCAGUGUCACAGAACGCACCCAGCUGAGCUGCCCUCUGCUUCCAUCAUGAGUCACACAAACACCCAGCAUUGUCGUAAAUAACAUGGUUAAGGUUGUGGUUUACCUUGUGGCUCUUUACCAAUCUUAAAUUGGAGCCAAUUGUUGUUGAAGACGCACUUGCCAAAGUUUGCCACAGUCCAGAGACACUCAGGUACCUGGGACUGUGGGCCUCGAAGGGAAUCCACCCUUUGGGGCUGCUGUGUUAACUGGUGGGGGGGGGGUAGAGGGGUGGGGUCAGUGUGUUGAGUGCUUUAUUGUGUUAUUUGUGGACUAAGGAUCUGUCAGCCUGUCCUCAGCUGUUACACUCGUCACAUUUGGUGAGCAGAGAACACCCAGCAAUAAUGUUUAUAGCGCCGGAGACCACUGUAUGGAUGGGGGAGGUGGUAUCAGAAUUUUUCAUUACUCUUCAAUUACGUGGAACUCUUACACCUGUUGUUCCUCAUACUAACUUGUUACUUCUAACUCUGCUUUUAUUUUCGACACUAAUUCUGUCCUGACUUGGUGUCAGCGGAGCUCUGUUACAUUGAUGCCCUUCAUGUCAGCUGUUUAGGUUUUAUUGCCCCCCCCCCCCCCCCCCCCCUUUUUUUUUUUUUUU